AUGGACUUGUUAACAAAGAUGUCCCUUGUGCCAUGGAUGAGCCAAGAGUUUGAUGUUUGGUUUAGAGAUCCCCACACUAUUAUACAAAAUGUGCUUUUCAAUCAAGAUUUCUGUGGCAAAACUGACUUCACACCCUAUCAGAAGUUCAAUGCUGAGGGAGAGAGUGAAUGGGCCUGGAAGCAAGCAGAUAAGAUUUCUUUUGAUCCAACAACACAUGGUUUGCCAUUUGUGCCAGUCAUCUUAGGAAGCGAGAAAACAACAGUUUCGGUUGCAACUGGGCAAAACAAAUAUUAUCCACUGAAUGCUAUAGUGUUGUUGGGCUUCUUGGCCAUCCCAAAAAUUGCAUUGCAUGGCUCAACUAACUACCUUGAUGGCAAAGGUGGUCAAUACUCAGAAGAUCACACCAAGGUUCUUGAUCAAGGUGUUUUGUGGGAUCAAUAUGGUACUGUUAGUGACAUUAUACCGUUCACCCAUAAUUUUCCUUGUGUUGACAUACAUGAAAUCUUGGCUCCAGACCUUCUUCACCAAAUCAUUAAAGGUACCUUUAAGGACCACCUUGUGACUUGGGUAGGAGAAUACCUUUGUCUCACAUAUAGCAAGAAGCACACUGAUUGA